GUGAUAAAGUCUACACGUCGGACGUAACGGCUCAUAAGUAAAGUACGUCAUGUUAUCCGUGGUGUUUAGGACCCAGGGGAACACGCAAGCACAGCGGUAUAAAUACAGCAGACGGGGCGAGCGCGAGUGCGUUUUACUGCUUGGACAUCAACAGUCCUGUACAGUCUUCAGUUUUUUUUUCACUCGUAAUACCGCAGUCGCGACGGUAAAACGGUUUAAUAAUGCAAUCUAAUAGACAUCGUGUCCGCAUGAAAGGUUUGUGAUGGGGAUUUAUUAUUAUCUUUAGUGAUAGCAUAAACGACUCAUCAAAACGAGUAGAAAAACGGGACGCUUCAGACUUAAUUUGUUGUCAUUUUUCUAAAUGUACAUAAAAGAGGAUACAGGACACAAAUAUUUCCUGAGUCAAUGGGAUUGUUCGUUUUUUAUCACAGAAUCAUCCACUGACUGCUCUAUCAGCUCACCUUGGAAGGAGAGAAUGGAGGGAUACUUUUUACCUCAUGCCUCCACAAAGUCAUUCAUGAGGCAAGCCUUUCCCGGCACCAGCACUCAAUAGACCAGCAUGGAGAGAGCAAGACUAGAAACAGGAGCAGCAAAUGACAGAGAUCAAGGGAAGACACCAUUAACAGGGAGUGGGGACCUGGGUCCUGAACGUUGCAAAUGUAAUGGAUUGAUCAAUACCCAUAACUUAAUGGUGGGGACUAAGGAAGGACUGGUGUCGACCUAUUCUGCCCCACAGUAUCAGGGCCACGUGGUGUCCAAGGACAAAAACGGGACACAGGAUGGAAGGGGACCUCCGCAGUUGCUAAACCCCAGUGCUCUUCCACAAGCUAUAGAUCCUUACUACAGGCCGAACCUUAUUCUUUACCCUGAGAGCAUGCUGAGAGCGUGGGGUGAAGGAGGGGAAUGCUGUGAGACCACCUUUAUUGAGGAAAUGACCCCUGCUAAUUCUGGCUCUGCUAAAGAUGGAAUAGUAUUCACUGACACCAGGCUUCUGGAUCGGUCUACGGAAGACGCCAAGGUCCAAACACUUUCCUAUGAUGUAGAUGAUGACGAUGAUGACUUUCAAGAACUUGAGAGUGAGUACUCGAGUGAUUCAGAAAGUGAAGACAAUUUCCUCAUGAUGCCUCCGAGGGAUCAUCUGGGCCUCAGCGUUUUCUCCAUGCUUUGCUGUUUCUGGCCCCUUGGCAUUGCAGCUUUCUACCUGUCACACGAGACAAACAAGGCCCUGAACAAAGGGGAUUUUCACCACGCAAGCUCCAGCUCCAGACGCGCUCUCUUCCUGGCCGUUCUUGCCAUCACCAUCGGGACUGGCAUCUAUGUGGGCGUUGCCGUGGCCCUUAUCGCAUACCUCUCCAAAAACAAUCACUUGUAG